AUGCCAUUUACGGUGCAACUAAACUGGUUGGGAUUUACUUACAAACCUGGAGGAUGGGGCAAGGACUCUGCAAUGGGUGCAGAUCAGCAAUUUUACUUUGUGGCCCCUCUAUAUACAGAUGGACGGCAGAUGAGAACAUUUCGCACAUAUUCUUCUUAUGAUAACCUUCUACUGUACAGAACACAUGCAGAGAAGACUAUUACUACUGCUGACUUGGGACAAGGUGGUGGUGUGAUAAUGUACAACAAUUUUCUAUACUACAACUGCUAUAACACUGGAAACCUCUGUAAACUAGAUCUUAAGACUUAUACAAUAACACGCCUCGCACUGACAGGUUCCACAUAUAACAAUCGGUUCUCCUACUUUGCCUCAGCUUGGCAAGACAUUGACCUGGCCGGUGAUGAAGAUGGUCUUUGGGCCAUUUAUUCCACAGAGCAGAAUAAUGGAAACUUUGUCAUCAGUAAACUUAAUGAAACCUCUCUUGCAAUACUAAAAACGUGGUCCACCUCACAGUACAAACCUGCAGCCACCAACGCGUUCAUAGUUUGUGGUGUUCUGUAUGCAACAAGAACCCUCGAUACACGAACAGAGGAGAUCUUCUACAUGUACGACACAAAGACGGGCAAGGAAGGACACCUUAGUAUUCAUUUCAACAAGAUGAUGGAAAAUAUACAAAGUUUAUCCUACAACCCCAACGACCACAAGCUCUACAUGUAUAACGAUGGCUACCUGGUCACUUAUGACCUUUUAUUCCAACCUGUUGUAGGUGAGAAACCCAAAAUUUAA